CUACGGCACAAGCUGAAUACUCCUUCCAUCGAGCACUGGUGGGCGGAAGGCCCUCAGAAACUUGAGAUCCUGGGGCCACGUGCCCUGAGGGCUGAAGAUGGCCCUCUGAAAACAAAGUCUCAGGCCAAAAUCCUAGACAUCCCCAAGACAUCUAGUUGCCGAAAUUCACCACCUGGCUGGAAACAUAAUUGUGAUUCCUAGAAGGAACACCGUUUCCAGAGCUGGUUGCUCUGGCAACACAUACCUUUGAAAUGGGAUUAGAGGACGGAGGAUUGGAUCAACAUGCUUGGCCAGGUGCAAGAUAGCCAACAAUUUAAGAGACCCACCGCUGAAUGGUUCGUGACAGAGGCAGCUCUGAGGGCGCAGGCAUCACCCAGGUUGAAGGAGCUGGCACGGCCUCGGCCUUGCCCGGCUGGCUGGGAAUUCCAUCGUUCCCCUUAUUCUGUGGUGACUCAGGCAGCAAAGAAUGCCGUAGCCUCAGAGAGGCUACUUGCUCUAGCCAAGCCAAGGCCACAAGCCACAGAAGCAAACACAAAAUCUGGAAAGUAAAUCCAAGGAGUGGUUGUUGAAUUUGCGAAGCUUGGCAGACUCUCUGAACUUCAGAUCUACAUCUUAGGCGGUGGCAAUCUUUACCAAGUUUCCAAGCCUGCUCUUCAGUAUUUACCUGGUCCUCACAUUCUUGAAAUCAGCCAUCCUGGGAGCGAAAAGGCAAAGUGGACAUUACUCAGCCUUGACAUUGACCAACUUGAGGAAGUGAUUAAAGUAUCUUGCA